AUGGCGACUAGUAUCUUUGCAGGAUGCAAUAGGAAUCUUGGGAUUUUUGACUAUAAUUCCAACUUGAAAAUAGCUGCUUAUGGAUCCCAUAAUACGAUCUCUAUUUCUUCUCCAAUUAUUGAAGAUGGAAAAUAUAAUGCAAAGACACAAAUUAUCAGAACCUUGACUAACCACAAUGGUGAAAUUACCAACGUGAUGUGGCUGCAUGACACAAACAUUCUUUUAAGUGGUUGUCAAGACGGUGAUGUUAACGUUUGGAAAUUUAAUGGCAUAGAUGAUGUUCAGUUACUCCAAUCUAUGAAGCCAACAUCUGGCUCUAUCUCUUGUAUUGGUACUACUGGAAAUGCGAAGGAUCUGGAAGUUGUUAUAGGUGAUAGUAGAGGUAGGCUAUUCUACUACAAACAAAAUGAAGGUGGGGAUUUCGAAGAAGUUACACAAUUCGAAUUGCCGUACGGAUUCUAUGCCAUGGCUCUGAGUGUGGUCAAUGUUUCCACAAAAGAAAGAAUCAUAAUUGCCGGUGGCUCGAAACCUGCCAUUCAUGUUUUGAACGUUGACUUAGAUACGAAAGAAAUCAACUUAGAGACAUCAUUAACUGGCCACGACGACUGGGUUAGAAGCAUUACGAUUCGUGAGUUAGAAGUCACAAUGAAAACGGUGGAUGGUGUUACAUAUCCAAAACGUACAGUCAUAUUUGCAACAGGCUCGUUGGACCGAAUUAUCAGAUUGUGGAAGCUAACAAUUGAAGAUUCAUCUAAACCGGUUUAUAUCGAGACAAACAAACUAAAAUUGUUAACCUCCAAAGAAUUCAAAUUUGAGACCGAUUCUAAUAGGUACGUUAUCUUUCUUGAUGCGAUACUUAUGGGACAUGAUGAUUGGAUUUCUACUGUGUCUUGGAAGCCUACAUCAAGUGACUCUGAGCAAGAUCUACUACUGUUAUCAAGUAGUGCGGAUAGUUCCAUUAUGAUAUGGAAGUCGGAUCCAGUUUCUGGUGUUUGGUUCCCUGAUAUUAGACUUGGUGACAUUGCAAUCAAGGGGGCGUCCACGGCAACGGGAUCUUCAGGUGGAUUUUACACAUCACAGUGGAUUGUUGAUGAAUCCGGUAAUGAAAUUAUAUUAACAAACGGUAAAACCGGUUCAUUCCGUUGCUGGACUAGGGCUGAUGAAAAAGAACAAUUUAAGUCCAUCAAUACAUACACAGGUGCAAUCAGACCAAUCACUGAUAUUAAUUGGUACCAAGGCGAAUACGCUUUAGUCACAUCUCUGGAUCAAUCAACCAGAUUAUAUGCAUUAUACGAGGGGAAGUGGUUUGAAUUUGGACGUCCCCAAAUUCAUGGGUUUGACAUGAUUACAGUUAAACCAAUCAGUGGAACCAGAUUUGUGAGUGCAGGUGAUGAAAAAGUUAUCAGGGUUUUUGAUAUGCCAAAAAAUAUUGCACAAAUGUUGAAUCGGGUUUGUGGGUUGAGGAGUUUGGAUUCUAAUUCUCUCAAUGAAUCGUUACCGGAAAGUGCAAGUUUGCCUGUUUUAGGAUUAAGUAAUAAGGCUGCCCUUGAUAACUCGAGUAACAGUGACGAGCAAAAUGGCGAUGAGACCAAUGGCUUGAACAAAGAUAUUAACAAUGAAAUCAUGGAUUCUGUUCAAGGACCAUUGUUAGAAGAUGUCUUGCAACGUCACACUUUAUGGCCUGAAAUUGAGAAACUUUAUGGUCAUGGGUUUGAAAUCACUACCCUUGAUGUGUCGAACGAUGGUAAAAUCAUCGCAAGUGCAUGUCGUUCCAAUGUUAGCAAGCACGCUGUUAUUAGAAAUUUCAACACCAACACCUGGUUAGAGACCGAUAAACCUUUGUUUGCACACGAUCUAACGAUCACUAGGUUGAGGUUCAGUAACAAGAGUGAGAAAGAGUACCUCUUGUCCGUUUCUAGAGAUAGAAAGUUCUCGCUAUGGGUAAGAGUUGGAGAUGAUUUUGAGCUUGUUGCAAUCAAAGAAAAAGCACACAAUAGAAUCAUCUGGGACUGUGCAUGGACUAAUUUUGACGACGUUGUUUCAUUUGUCACCUGCUCAAGGGAUAAAGAAGUUAAACUUUGGAGGAAAAGCGAUGACAGUAACGAGGUCGAAUGCAAAGGCAGCAUUAAAUUUGAAUCAAGUGCAGUCACAGCUGUUGAUUCUGCUAAACUUGACGAUGAAGGUAAUUUCAAGCUUGUUAUUGGUUUAGACAACGGUGAGAUUUACGUGUACAAAGUGAAUGUCUUGAAUUACAGUUUCGACGAACUCCGUAAAGUUGAUUCCAGAGACUUACCUGGCGAUGGGAUCAGCAGAAUCAGCAUCUCCCCCAAGGUUACUGACAACACACACACUGUUGCCGUAGGAUCCAAAGAUAACAGUUUACGUUUUCUUGUCGUGUGA